CUUCACCCAUCGUGCAGACAACACACCAUCCGCGAACAUCGACCGAAGUGCUUAUAUUGUCUCUUCCUCGAUCAGCUGCCACGACUCAGUUUACGUCUCCUCCCAUUGCCUGACCGAACUUCCAUAAGCAGCGGCGUCGACCAAACGACACUAUCUAGAGCUCCCGUGAUCUUCGAGCAUGGCGAAGGAGGCGGAGAAGCCCAAGGCCGUUGACAACAAGGGCAAGGGGAAGGCGGAAGAUGGAAAGCAAGCAAAGAGCGUGAAAGGCGCAGCGGCCAAAGAUGGCAAGGAUGGCAAAGAUGUCAAGAAGGAUGGCGACCUCGACUUGCCGCCAGAGGAGUUGAGCGAAGAGGACCAGAAGCUUAAGGACGAGCUCGACAUGCUCGUAGAGCGAUUAACAGAAGCAGAUUCAUCGCUAUAUGAGGCGGCUCUGGAAGCCAUCAAGACCAGCAUCAAGACAUCGACGAGCUCCAUGACGGCCGUGCCAAAGCCGCUCAAAUUCCUGCGACCGCACUACGAUAAGCUUGCCGAAGCCUACGAGAAAUGGCCCAAGGGUGCCAACAAGGACUCGCUGGCAGACACUCUUUCCGUACUGGGUAUGACAUACUCUGAUGAUGAAGGCCGGAGAGAUACACUUAAGUAUCGGUUGCUCGCGCCAGGCACAGAUAUUGGUUCGUGGGGUCACGAGUACAUGCGCCACCUGGCGCUGGAGAUCGGGCAGGAGUACGAGAUUCGCCAGCAGGAAGAGAAGGAUUCUGAGGAUAUCACAUCACUGGCACUGGUACUUGUACCAUUCUUCCUCAAGCACAACGCUGAGGCUGACGCGGUCGACAUUUUGUCCGAGCUCGAGAUGAUUGAGCACAUCAAGGAGCACUUGGACGAGAACACAUACAGCCGAGUGUGCCUCUAUAUGGCAUCGAUGGUGCCACUCCUCACAUACCCCGAUAACGAUCGCUUCCUCCGCACCGCGCACGACGUCUACCUGCAGUACAAGCAGUACACGCAGGCUAUAUCUCUCGCUAUCAAGUUGAAUGAUCUCGAACUCAUCAAGUCCGACUUCAACUCUGCGCCUGACAAGCCCACGAAAUGCCAGCUUGCCUUCCUCCUUGCACGGCAGCGGAUAUCGAUCGAGCUCGACGAUGAUGAUGCCAACGACGAGGAAUUGCAGGAAUGCUUGAACAACACAAAACUGCCAGUCUACUACAAAUCGCUGGCUAAAGAGCUGAACGUGCUGGACCCCAAGGUUCCCGAGGACAUUUACAAGUCACAUCUAGAGUCGAACCGGACUGCAGGCUUAACUAACACUGACUCUGCGCGACACAACUUGGCUUCCACCUUUGUCAAUGCGUUUGUCAAUGCUGGCUUUGGGCAGGACAAAUUGAUGCUGGUUGAAGGGGGUGUCAAGCAGAGCUGGGUAUGGAAGGUCAAAGAGGAGGGUAUGCUGUCCGCCGCAGCAUCUGCGGGAAUGCUUCUAUUGUGGGACGUGGAAUUAGGGCUAGACAAGAUCGAUGCAUACACAUACGUACCGGAGGACAAGAUCAAGGCCGGUGCUGCGCUAGCAAUGGGUGUCAUGAACGCUGGGGUCAAGGUGGAAGGUGAUCCAACACUCGCACUCCUUGGUGACUUCGAGGGCAAAACUGUCUCCGACAAGGUCGCCCGUAUCCUCGGUCUUGGCUUGGCCUACGCUGGCUCGAACAACGAGAGCGUUCUUGAUGUCCUUUUGCCUCUUGUCAGGGAUACUGGUCUCGAUAUGCAAUUGUCUGCUACUGCAGCACUCUCACUCGGUUUGGUAUUCGUUGGCACCGCACACUCUGAUGUCAGCGAGGCGAUCAUCGAGACCUUCCUCGACGAGGACAGAAACAAGCAGCUAAAGGACAAGUGGACUCGUUUCAUGACUCUAGGCCUCGCCGUGUUGUACUUUGGACAACAGGAAGAAGUCGAUGUUAUCCUCGAGACUCUCAAGGCCAUUGAUCAUCCAAUGUCCAAGCCCGCGUCAGUUCUCAUCGAGAUGUGUGCUUGGGCCGGUACGGGCGCCGUGCUCAAGUUACAGCAACUUCUCCACAUCUGCAACGAGCAUAUCGAGGAGAAGGAGGAUAAGGACGACGAUGACAAAGAGGAAGAGAAGAAGGAUGGCGAAGACGAGAAGAAGGACAUCGCUGGUGAGCAGCUUGUUCAGGCGUACGCUGUCCUUGGUCUGGCUCUGGUGGCCAUGGGCGAGGACAUCGGCCAAGAGAUGGUGCUUCGACAGUUUGGCCAUUUGAUGCACUACGGCGAACCUAACAUCCGCAAAGCUGUGCCUCUUGCUAUGGGUCUGAUCAGUGUAUCAAAUCCUCAGAUGAAGAUUUACGACACAUUAUCAAGGUACUCCCACGACAACGAUGUGGAUGUCGCGGUCAACGCCAUCUUUGCCAUGGGUAUGGUCGGAGCCGGAACAAACAACGCGCGUCUGGCACAGCUGCUACGACAGCUUGCCUCAUACUACCACCGCGAUCCAGGCGCACUCUUUAUGGUACGCAUCGCACAGGGUCUGCUGCACAUGGGCAAGGGCACCUUGACUAUCAGUCCGUUCCACACAGACCGUACAGUGCUGUCGAGGGUGUCGGCUGCGGGCUUGCUCACUGUCGCCAUCUCGCUCAUUGAGAACCCGAAGGCGUUCAUUCUGGGUGAUCACCACUACCUGCUGUACCAUCUGGCGAUUGCCAUGAAUCCACGUUUCCUCAUCACUCUGGAUGAGGAGCUGAAGCCCAUCCAAGUGAACGUCCGCGUUGGUCAAGCAGUCGAUGUGGUCGGUCAAGCAGGGCGGCCGAAGACCAUCACCGGGUGGCAAACACAAUCUACUCCAGUUCUUCUUGGCCAUGGUGAGCGCGCCGAGCUUGAGGACGAGGAGUGGUUGUCGGUGGCCAACACUAUGGAGGGUAUCUGCAUAGUCAAAAAGAACCCAGACUGGGAGUCACCGUAGGGCAUUUUCGACCCUAGCCAAGAUCGGUCUCGGCAGUAGACCGAUCAAAGUAAGCAGUACAGGGCUUUUGAGAUAAAGAUUCGAUGAUACGCCAGGGUUCAAGAGGAGAAUCCUUACCAGACAUAGAUGGCGACACGCUUUUCUCACCAACUAGAUAUGGUGAGCAUCCAUGCAGACUAGCCACGACGCCGAUGUAUUAUAUAGUGUAUCAUUGAUCAC